AAAUUGCUGGGAUUGGUUAGUAGUUUAUCGAUAUUUAUCGUAUUCAUCAAUCUACCACCUAUUAUCAUUUCUAUUAUAUUAUUGAGAAACCGGCUUAUAGUAAUCGAAGAUAAAACUUAGUAAUACAAGGUAAAAAGAUUUGUCAACUGACAAUAGUAAGGACAAAUGAAAAAAUGAGUACUUUCUUGCCCAUCACAUAACCAAAACUGUGUAAUCCUUGACGCACGAUGUUCAAGAGGAAUCGUCAUCGUAGUGCAUUACAGUAUCGACAAGAAUAAAGAAAAAAAGAAAAGCCUUCCGACGAAUGACAGCGCGCAAAACCGAUCACGCGGUCGAACCGGGAGGUGUGCUUUCGGUCGGUGUCAGAAACCGUGUGUGUACCGUAUAUAUGUAUGUGUGAGGCAGUAUCUCUCUCUCACAACAAAUAUGUCGUGGUGGGGAGUACAUUUUCCCGUUCGCUGUUUCGCAUAUUUCUUCCCCCGCAUUAUUAUUAUGUAGUUUGGCAUAGGUGAACCCUUGCACAUUUGUCUUGAUAUUAAAGAAUACAAGUGUGUGUAUAUGGUGAUAUAAUUAUUAAUAAAAAAAGAAAGUUUAUAUGAAAGGUGACAAGGGUCGCCUCGUAGUCAAGAAUAAAGCGCGAUGAGAAUGAUACGCCAGUUAGCUCUUUUACUCGGUAAUUAGAACGAUUAUUUAAUCAUGUUCAAUCCGCAAGGAACCAGAGACGAUCGUAGGCAGCCAGCGGCGUGAGUCUCGCGAUUAACGGUAGGUGUGGAGUAUCGUGUGGAGUUGAACAACGAGGUGUAUUGACGUUGAUUUGGUGGUUGCGUUCCCCGGCUACGCCUAGGUGAAAAAUGCGGUUCUGAAUCGCGACGUGCGCCGAUCCCGUGCAAUUACGAACAGGUUGUUCACGGGUGGCUCGUUUAAUACGCACAUUACAUUACGAUACUUCUUCCCGAAUACAGACUCGUGUACGGGUCUGCGUCUUGCGUGUGUAUGUGUGGUGUUUGGACAAUCAAGGAUAUAUUCCUUCGGAAGGACAGCCUGACACGGAAGAAACGCCGGAAGGAAGGAAGAGGAGGGUAGCAGGGUAGCAAGAUGGCGGGAUCCUUAACGUGGUCGUGUACUUGUUGCCUACGGUUCAAGUUCAGCCCCGAGGAGAUUGAGCAGCGUUACAAAAGUCAAGAAAUCGAUCGAAUGCUGGAGAAGGAUCGUCAAACUUUUCGACGACAAGUUAAGCUGCUACUCCUCGGGGCAGGCGAGAGCGGAAAAUCAACAUUCCUCAAACAGAUGCGAAUUAUUCACGGAAUUAAAUUCGAGCCUGAAUUAAUUAAGGAAUAUCAACAUGUAAUUUAUCAAAAUAUAAUUAAAGGAAUGAAGGUAUUAGUAGAUGCUCGUGAUAAAUUAAAUAUUCCUUGGGAAAAUGCUAAAAAUUAUGAUAUUGGUUAUCAAUUAUUGAAAUUUGAAAAUACUAUGGUAUUGGAUGCUAGAUUAUUUCUCCAUUAUGUACCAGCUUUACAAAGUUUGUGGAAAGAUGCAUCAAUCAAGAAAGCUUUUGAUAGGAGAAGAGAAUUUCAAUUAAGUGAUUCAGUUCAAUAUUUCUUGGAUAAUCUUGACAGAAUUGCAAGAGUGGAUUAUGUACCUACCCAUCAAGAUAUUUUACAUUGUAGAAAAGCUACUAAAGGAAUUUCAGAAUUUGUCAUACAAAUUAAUAAUAUUCCAUUUCUGUUUGUUGAUGUUGGAGGACAACGAUCUCAAAGACAGAAGUGGUAUCAAUGUUUUGAUUGUGUAACUUCUAUACUUUUCCUUGUUUCAUCAUCUGAAUUUGAUCAAGUGUUGUUAGAAGAUAGAAGAACUAAUCGACUGGAAGAAUCAAGAAAUAUAUUUGAUACAAUAGUAAACAAUAUGAUAUUUUGUGGAGUAUCUAUCAUUUUAUUUUUAAAUAAAACUGAUUUGUUAGACAAAAAAGUAAGAUCACCUGAUACAAAUGUUCGUUGGUACUUUCCACAAUUCACAGGAGAUUCACAUUCCAUGAAGGAUGUGCAGAAUUUUAUACUUGAAAUGUUUAUAUCAGUUAAAAGGGAUCCAAGAAAACCACUUUUUCACCACUUUACCACUGCUGUAGAUACAGAAAACAUAAAAGUUGUAUUUAAUGCUGUUAAAGACACAAUUUUACAUAGAAAUUUGGAAUCAUUAAUGCUCCAAUAAUGAUAAAUGUAUAUAAAAAAAGUGAAAUGACUUUUGAUUCAAAGAUAUACAUUCAACAUUUAGUGUUUGAUACAUAGUGAAGUGAAAUUGUAAUCAAAGAAGUAUUAAAGUGUCGAUUACGAAAGAAUAUUCUGGUAAGACAAGUAAGACAAUAUAUACUAUAUAUAUAUAUUGUAUUAAUGUAAAUCUUAUAGUUAUCUCCGUUUAUAACGGCAAAUUAAACAGUUUCGUAUAGUUUCGUAAUAGUUUUAUACAACAGGAAAAGUAAAAACUGCCUAAUGAAAACAUGUAUCGAAAAUUUUUUAAUGUUCUAUACAUUAUAUAUAUAUAUAUAU